AUGCGUGGGGGCAGGGUCACGAGGGUGCCUUUGCAGUCAGCCCUCCCUCACUCACAUCACGCCAAGCCAUCUGAACACAACCAGGAGAGCAAGUGUUUGCACCGGCCUCAGAAAGCUCCCCCCGGGCAGCACAGACACUGUGAGCGAUGCUUCAGCCGGCACUGCCACGCACCAGUUGAGAUCUCCGUGUCCUGCGUGGUGAUCAGCUGCCGCCUGCACUGCGGGGCCACCUUCCACAUGUGCAAGGAGGAGGAGCACCAGCUGCUCUGCCCCUUGGAGCAGGUCUCCUGCCUCAACUCAGCCUACGGAUGCCCUUUUUCCAUGGCUCGCUUUAAGCUGGCGAAGCACCUGCAGGCCUGCCCAGCCAGCGUGGUCUGCUGCUCCAUGGAGUGGAACCGCUGGCCAAACGUGGACUCAGACACCACCCUGCACACAAACAUCAUGAAGGAGACCUUGAAUGAAGAGUGUCUGGACACAGCCUUGGCACUCCGAGACCAGAAGAUACUUUUCAAGCAUUUGAAAUUAGCCAACUUCUUCCCAGAGUGUAGGAAGAAAGAUGAAGUUGCAGAGCUAAUGGAUGAAGCCAUGGGUGGGGAAGAAGGAGCUGUGGGAGGAGUUACCUGUGGUCCUGGAGGAGGCCCAAACCCGUUAGGUGAGCUCAGCCAACGUGAGCGUGAAGACCUGGCGAAGGACAAAGAGGGAAUGGAUCUGGGUAGCUACAAAGCCUGGGAGAAUAUUUUCAGCAAAGAGCUCCUGGCGUGCAAGGUAACAGGCUCAGCAGCCAGCACAGCACAGAAGACACAGGAGGCUUCCCAGGCAUCAUCAUCAUCAUCAGCAGCAGCAGCAGCAGCAGCAGCAGCCAACCCCACAGAGAAGGCACAGGACGUCCCUGAUGGCGCAGGAAAGGCAAAAGACCAAAAGCCUGAACAAGUGAGACAGAGUAGAGAAAUGACAGGGCUGGCUCCCUGGCAGGAAGGGGUCCUGGAGAGGCUGAAAAAGGAGGUUGGUGUGGGCGAUUACAACAUGUACCUGGUGCACCACGGAGGAAUGCUGAUCCGCUUCGGCCAGCUGGCUGCCUGCACUCCCAAAGAGAAAGACUUCGUCUACGGGAACCUGGAAGCUCAGGAGGUCAAAACUGUCUACACCUUCAAAGUGCCAGUCAGUUACUGUGGCAAAAGAGCACGACUGGGAGAUGCACUGGGCCACAAGGUACCAACUUCAGAUAAGUUAGUGGAUACCUCGGAACUGGGCAUAAGCCUAGAAGAGCUCCCUAAGGCAAGCGUAGUGAAAGCCACGCUGCUGUGUGCGCUGGAAAAAGAGCUGAAAGGCCAUGAGAUCUCUGAGGCAAGGGGCAUUGAUGGGCUCUUUGUGGAUUUUGCAACACAGACUUACAGCUUCCCUCUGGAGCCCUUCUCCUCCAGUGCAGUUCUAGCAGAUGUACUGGAGGAAGGAAGCCCACCAGAACUCCACAUGGAGCUCUACACCGAAUGCGUAACCAGAAGACACAACAAAAGCAGUUCUGCUUUCACAUUUACUUGCAGCCAUUUCUUCAGGAGGGAUGAGUUCCCCUCCCACUUCAAGAAUGUACAUGCUGAUAUCCAGUCUUGCCUGGAUGGAUGGUUCCAGCAUCGCUGCCCACUGGCCUACCUGGGAUGUACUUUUGUUCAGAAUCCUUUCCGCCCUGACGGACUUCAGGCCAAGGUGAUAUACAGCAAGCACCUCGAGACCUUUGCUGUCAAGCCAGAAGUGGACACCCUCCUUGCUGAGUCAGGGAAGUGCAACUUCACGGUGACUACACGAGGGAGAAGCAAGGACUUGCUGAGCAGCCUCCCAGUGGAAGUGCUCAAGUACAUUGCAGGGUUCCUGGAUAGCUUCAGUUUAUCUCAGCUGUCGCAAGUGUCGGUGCUGAUGAGGGACAUCUGUGCCACUCUUCUUCAAGAGAGGGGAAUGGUUCUACUGGUCUGGGAGAAAAAAAGAUAUUCCCAUGGUGGCAGCUCGUGGAGAGCUCGCAAAAAGAUCUGGCAGUUCAGCAGCCUGUUCUCCAGCGUUAACAAAUGGCAGCACAACGAUGUCGUGUGCAUGUCGGAGCACCUGAAGCGCUGUCCCUUCUACCGAGUGGAGCACAAGACAGACCCCGUGCUGCUGCCAGGAAUGUGUGAAUCUCGAGAGCAAACUCAAAAGACUUUGGUUUCUACUUUCAAGCAGGGAGUCUGA